GAGAAGCCGCACAAUUUGGACAAUGGAGGAAACGUGCAGAGUUUGCAUGGGAAACUCCGGAGCACUCGCAAACAUUUUUGAAGAGACACACACAUGGGACACUUGCAUUGCUGACAUGAUAGCACAGUGUACUGGGUACGAGGUAAGGCGAGGCGAUUUACUAUCAGAGAACAUAUGUCCGCCUUGCCUUGAGGAUGCUGUAAAUGCAUUUAAUCUUAUAAAAACCUGUGAGCAAAGCCAUCAAAUUUAUUUCCCGGUGGUGGAGAAGGAUAUAGAAGAUAGCUGCUGUGAUAAUCUGAACGGCGAGGUCUGGGAACCGUCAGAUAGUGAAACUGAGCAAUCAAUCCCAUUUGAAACCGAUGUAAAAAUACGUCAUAAUGAUGCCGAUAAAACGGAUUAUCUAGAACGACCCUACAAGUGCCCCGACUGCCCAAAAACCUUUCAAAAAAAAUACCAACACACCAGACACAUCCGCACUCACACAGAGGAGCGACCGCAUAAGUGCACUCUUUGCUCGAAGUCAUUUAAACGAAAAGACAAACUCAAGCUACACGUCUGGACUCACACUGGGGAGCGACCGUACAAGUGUACUGACUGCUCCAAGUCCUUUAUAAGUCAAUGCGAACUCACAGUACACAUCCGUGUUCACACAGGGGAACAGCCCUACCAAUGCGACCACUGCCCAAAGUCAUUCCAGCGGCAAUCUAAUCUCAAAAGACACAGUCGUAUCCACACGGGAGAGAGACCCCACUUGUGCAUUCACUGCUCGAAGUCAUUCAAGCAAAAACACCAUCUCAGCGAACACAUCCUUACUCACGCUGAAGAAAAACUAUACACCUGCUCUUACUGCACAAAGAAUUUUAGGCAAAAGUCUUCUCUUGGAAAACAUACGCGCAAUCACGUGAUCCAAAUGGAUGCUUCGCAAUUCCAAAUUACAUUUAAAGAUGAAAUUGAAGAUACUGAUAAUGUACGAUCUCCUCGAGCACACACCCGUCAUGAAUAGCGAUUCGUCACAUAAUUGGGAUCCCAAAAAGGAAAAUGGAGGAGAUGUGCAGAGUUUGCAUGGUCAAAUCCGG